GGCACUACUGGACUGCGUCGAAACGGCUGCCUGGAGUUCACCCAUGAGUCGCUUGAGGGCGCUGCGCUGGACGCGGCUGUUACGCAACACGCCCAGAUGAUGUUUUUCCUGGAAUGUUAAAAAAAUAGGAUUUGGUUAUUAUUGGUUUUUGACAGGCAUAGGAAUAUAGGAACGGACUGACGUCCUCUCAGCAGGUCACGCAGCUUCAUGCGGUUUCCUGUUUUUUGCUUUGUUUGUGUAUUUAUGUUUUGACAGGAAGCGGCCGUUCGUAAAACGUGAUCGUCUAUUGCUCGAAUGCCAUUGGCUGACAUAGGUGUCACUUUAGGAGCGGGCGUGAGACUUUCGUUCCCGUCAAUCGGAAGCUAACCAUCCUAUUGGCCUACGUCAUCCGUAGCCCGCCACAGUCUGUCCCUCCUCGAAAGCACCGCCCCGACGUCGCCCUCGUAACAUUGGCGGCUCGGCCUGUCCAUCACUCGGAUCUUGGCCGCCUUUGGCGAAUCAGCGUCAGGUGGGCGGGCCUUCCCGAAGAGGACAUUUCCUCGUCGCUUUCACGAAGGUUGGCGAACAUCGAAGACCAAAACGCCUCCAAAAGUGUCCGUUUGGAAGCGGAAGAAAGGUUCGAAUGCGUCGAGAUGAAACGUGCUUGACUGCGGGACAGGCGGAGACGAGCUGAGAUGAAAAAGAGGUCGAAAUAAGCCGAAGCUGAAGACGAUGAGUCUGGAUGUGUUGUGCGAUUCGGACGUCGGACGAUUCUUCGCCGACAAUCUGCUCACCAGCGAAGACUGGGAUGCGUGUUUGUAUGGCUGCGACGGCGACGACCACAUGGGCGUGGCGCCCGAGUACGACGCUCCGUUGGACGACGAGCUGGCGGUGACGCUGGAUGGUGACGCCCCUUCGUCACCGUGGCAACACGCCCGCCACGACCCGCUCACAGCAGGGGGAUCCACGCACGCGAAGCUCCACAGCGACGUGGACGUGCCGAUGGAGCUAAUGUUCCAGGUGAAACCCGAGCCGGCGUCUCCCGCGUCGUCGUCGCCAGAGGCCGAGCCCCCCGAUCGUCCGCUCCUCGUGAAAGGCGAAACCCCCCCCACGCCUCCCUACGCGUCCGGAGACGCGAUGUCGCCCCCGCCGGGCGGCACGGAGGUCACCCCGGCGACGACGGCCGUCUUGACGUCCCACGUGGUGUUGGGCGCGCGGACGGCGUUAACGCCACGACUGCCCGCCGUCCAAACGCAGGCUACAGCCCGUUCACGGAUUACUCAAAAGAAUAUCGGCAGAUUACUCGCCGCAAAUGAUUUUGCGGCUGGCGACACGAAGCGAAGGAACGCCGGGAUGACCCGUGUGCGCGCCUCCGCAGUUGUUCCGGCGCCGAAGACGGCCCUCCUCGCCGCCAAAGCCCCCGUCCGGCCCCGCCGCCUCUGCCCGGCCGCCGCGCCCACCGAGACCCUCCUCCUGCGCGGCGUCGCCGCCACGGAGCCCGCGCGACCCGCGGUCCGCCUGACGUCGGCGCCCGCCGUGAUCAAGAUGGAGCCCGUCUCUCCCGUCGUGGCCCCGCCCGGCGCCAAGCCCAUCGUCCCGGCGACCGCCGCCAAGCCCGGCGCCGGCAGUAUCGACGUCGACAUGAAAGUUCUGAAACGGCAGCAGAGGAUGAUCAAGAACCGCGAGUCGGCGUGUCAGUCGCGCAAAAAGAAGAAGGAGUACGUCCACAACCUGGAGGUCAAACUGAGGGAGGCCCAGCGGGAAAACAUCCGACUUUGCCGGGAGAACCGGGAGCUGAGGGACAGACUGGAGGCCCGGCAGGGCGGCGAGCCUCCGAGCAACAAACGAGCCGUGUGCGUCAUGGCCGUCCUUCUCUUUGUGACCUUCAGCUUGGGACCGGUCAGCAUCUUGGACAGGAAGUGGGCGGCGGGCUUUCGGGACGGCGCCAGGUCGUUUACGGGUCGGCGGCUCCUGGAGAUGCAAACGGCGCAGCGGCAGGCGCGUCGCCGGGAAGUCGAGAGCGCGACGCGGGACGGAGAGACGGAAGCGUUUGCGCCGGAAGCUUUCCCGUUCAGGAACGCCAGCUCGGUCUUCGGCCCGGCCAAGGAGGACCGCAACCUGCUGCGGCGUCUGGAGAGAUACUUCAGCGGCGACGCGCACUGCCCGCAGUUCAACCGCUCCGAGUCCCUAAGGCUGGCGGCGGAACUUCGCGGUUGGGUUCAGCGUCACCAGAUCAACCGCAAGAAGUCGGGCGGGAAAGCCAAGAAGGCCAAGAUGGCUCAGCGGGGUCAGCUGAGGAAGGCCAACGUGUCGAGAUAUCUCCCCAUCCAGACGCACCGCUCCAUCGAAAGUCAGCUGCAGGUGGUCCCCGGCCCCGAGGUGACCUACAGCGACUUCCUGGACGCCAUCGACCGCCGCGAGGACACCUUCUACGUGGUGUCGUUCAGACGGGACCACCUGCUGCUUCCCGCCAUCAGCCACAACAAGACCCGCCGGCCCAAGAUGUCGCUGGUCAUGCCCGCCAUGUCCGUCAACGAGAGCGUGUACAACGCGUCGCACGGCUACGAGCUGAUGAUGCAGGUGGACUGCGAGGUGAUGAACACGCGCACCGUCCCCAUCAAGUCGUCCGCCGUCCCCCCGUCCCUGCGGGACCCGCCGCCGACGUCCCCGCCGCACGGCGCCGCCAACCACACGGCGCUGCGCGGGCGUCACCAACACCACCCGUCGUCGGCCUCGCACGCCCGCACCGACUAUCUCAUCGGCCGCUCGGGGGGCGUCUGAACGGGAGGAGUGACGACGGGAUUUUCCCCACGUCAACGGAAGAUGCCCGUCGUUGCCAGGAAGUGGAACUCAUGAAAACAUGCUGUUUUUUUUAAUGUUUGUAUAUAGUGACAUUUUUGUUUAGUUUUUUUUUUGUUACGUUGGGCAUCGAAAGAAAAAAGUGUCAAUGUUGUUUUUAUGUUUAGCUUCAAACGUCGGCCACGUUUGACAUCAGAAACGCGCAUUCGUCAUUUCCUGUUUCUUCAUUGGUUGAAUUAAAGCUGGAGCGCCACCUG